AUGUUUACAUUGUGCAAAUUAAACCGUGGAAAUAAAGAAUCUGAAGAAACGAACCUGGAAAAUCAAAGCGAUAAUAUGGAGGUUAGUGCAUCAGGUAGUGCAUAUAGAGCUGAAGAUAAUAGUGAGGAAAAUAUCUCUGAUUAUGAUGAGGAGGAGUUGGAACCACAACGCCAGAUCGUAGAGGUAGACAAUAUGAGUUCAGAAGAUGAAGAAUUAGAGCAAAUAAACCAGGAAAAUCAAAGCGAUAAUAUGGAAGUUAGUCAAUCAGGUAGUGCAUCUGGAGCUGAAGGUAAUAGUGACGAAAAUAUCUCUGAUUACGAUGAAGAGGAGUUGGAACCACAACGCCAGAUCGUAGAGGUAGACAAUAUGAGUUCAGAAGAUGAAGAAUUAGAGCAAAUAAACCAGGAAAAUCAAAGCGAUAAUAUGGAGGUUAGUCAAUCAGGUAGUGCAUCUGGAGCUGAAGGUAAUAGUGACGAAAAUAUCUCUGAUUACGAUGAAGAGGAGUUGGAACCACAACGUCAGAUCGUAGAGGUAGACAAUAUGAGUUCAGAAGAUGAAGAAUUAGAGCAAAUAAACCAGGAAAAUCAAAGCGAUAAUAUGGAGGUUAGUCAAUCAGGUAGUGCAUCUGGAGCUGAAGGUAAUAGUGACGAAAAUAUCUCUGAUUACGAUGAAGAGGAGUUGGAACCACAACACCAGAUCGUAGAGGUAGACAAUAUGAGUUCAGAAGAUGAAGAAUUAGAGCAAAUAAACCAGGAAAAUCAAAGCGAUAAUAUGGAGGUUAGUCAAUCAGGUAGUGCAUCUGGAGCUGAAGGUAAUAGUGACGAAAAUAUCUCUGAUUAUGAUGAAGAGGAGUUGGAACCACAACGCCAGAUCGUAGAGGUAGACAAUAUGAGUUCAGAAGAUGAAGAAUUAGAGCAAAUAAACCAGGAAAAUCAAAGCGAUAAUAUGGAGGUUAGUCCAUCAGGUAGUGUAUAUGAAGCAAAUACUUCUUAUUAUGAUGAGAAGUUGGAACUACAACACCAGGUAGUUGAGGGAGAGGAUGGAGAAUUGGACUAUAGUACUCAGAGAAAUCUGAAUGAUCAUAUUGAAUGUAACGAAUUUCGUCGAAAUGAGGAAAGUCACAGUCAAGCUUUUGAUGAAACAGAUCACAGAGCAAACUCUGAAAACAAUGAACGUCCUGUUGAUGCAUCAACUGAUGAAGAAUUAGAUGAUGAUCCUCCUCUAUAUGAGAAUGCUCCUAUCACACUAUCCGAAAAUUGUACAAACCGUUUGACUUCAGAGAACGCGGUUUGUGAAUGUAUCGCUAAUGUAAAUGACAGGCACGAACCGUUAUAUUUUAUUGAACUUUCGAUCAUUGAUCAAUUACAAGCCUUACUCCUUCGUGAAGGAUUUCUUGACGAUUUAUCACAUCCCCAACAUCGUCAAAAAGAAAAGAUGGAAAAUAUGAUUUUAGCAGGCCUAUGGUUUGGUUCUUCUGAUCCUUUAGUAAAUUACUUCUUAUAUCCAUUAUAUAAUCAACUAGCCCAAUUAAGAACUGGAAUUCAUGUAGAAGUUCCUAAAUCUAAUCGAUUUAAAACUAUUAAAGCAUUAAUUCUUUGUGGAACUUGUGAUGCAAUCGCAAGAUCUGAUUUUUUGAAUCACAUUCGAUUCAAUGGAGAUUAUGGCUGUACAAGAUGCUUUUCCAAAGGAUAUACAAUUAGAGAGGAAGGUGUAUUUGGAAAUACUCACAUCUAUCCAUUUGAAGGGGAAUUUCUUAAUCGAGAUCUUGUAUCUUAUGAAACUUUUUCAAUGAUGGCAAGUACAAAAAAAAACCUGUCGUUGGUGUAA